AUGGGCAAGACGAAAAAAGUCAGGAAGCAACCCAUCUCAGCCUUCGGUCCCGGCCCUGAUGCUGGCCCUUCGAAAUCCGAGAUUGCCUCUAAAUCAGCAGCUUCGACUGCCCUUGGCCGUCUUCGUUCGGGAUCUGGCAACAGAACGGUAGUGUCAAGAAAGAUCACGCAGUCAACUAUCACUCGAUUUCAUACCUUGCUCAAACAGCAGGCCAAUCUGAAACGAAACCUCAAGGCUGGCCGAGAGAAGGAUCGAGACACUGAACUUCAAGGGAUACAGAGACAACUUGAUUCGAUCGAACAAGAGAUGAAUGAGCUUGGUGGUCUUAACGCAUAUCAGAUAGCGAGUACUCUAGGGCAAUCCAAGGAAAGAGGUGGAGACAGCUCGAAGGUGCUUGUGAAAUGGUUGGAAGAGCUGGGGAUCAAAAGAGAGAAGAUGGCUCAGAACCAAAAAUUGCGUAUGUUGGAGAUUGGUGCGUUGGUCCCCGAUAACUACGCGAGCUGCUCGAAAUGGAUAGACAAUCAUCCAAUUGAUCUACAUUCUCAACAUCCCGAUAUACUCGAGCAAGACUUCCUCGAAAGACCUCUACCUUCUGGAGAGCGGGAUACGUUCGAUGUUGUCAGCUGCAGCCUGGUGCUGAAUUUCGUCAGCUCGCCCGCUGACAGAGGCAAGAUGCUUUCCCUCAUACAUCAGCAGCUGAGAGGAGAAUCACCCUCAUUCCUCUUCCUUGUCCUACCGUUACCAUGCCUGACCAACUCCCGGUAUUUGACUCUUGACACUUUCCAGGAGAUGAUGCGAAUAACAGGCUUCACCCUAGAGAAGGAGCAAUGGAAACCGGGUGGGAAAGUAGGCUACUGGCUGUGGAGGAAGACUGAUAGUAUAUGUGGAGAUAGCGAUCAAUGGAGGAAGAAGACUGUGAUACAGGAUGGCCCGAAGAGGAAUAAUUUUGCUGUUGUACUAUCGUAA